GCCUGGAGAUUUAGUUACUUGGAGAAUAUCAUUCAAAUUGUAGUGGCCUUUUAAUACAGUGUUAGGUGUUACAUAACAUAAAAUCAUCAAUCAAAUCCGGAAAAUCAUUAACUAUUAUUUUAUUUCUCGUUUUCUAUUUUAUAUUUCUUUCAACAUAUAGUACAGUGACGGUUAAUCGGUGACAUAAAUUCAACAAAUAUCAAUAUGCCAUUCAGCAUUGGUGCCGAAGGAGUUCGAAGCUUUUCUGGUCUGGUGAUCCGCGACGAAUCCGAUGACGAUGAGACCAAUGCACUGGACCGGGCUAUGAUCGAUGACAGGACACAUCCGCGACGCCGUUCGCCACACACUCUGCCACAUUACGGCGUGGAGGAGCAUGUUACCCAGCCGCUACUCUGGCUCGGCCUGGAGGCCCUCGACAUGCACAAGAAACUGAUCGAAGCCCAGAUCAUGGCCCUGGCCUCGACCUCUUCCGUGCCGUGCUCCGCCGGCGGAGCCUGUGGACCGUUGGGGGCUUGUGAAGUAAUUGAAGCUGUCGAUGGUAUUGGAGCUAAUACUGGAUCUGGAGCUACCACAUCUGUAUCCGAUAACGAAGAUAAUGAAGCCGAGGCGGCGUCGGCGGCAUCGGCGGCGACCUUGCCAGAUCCCGAGACAGAUGAUGAAGUGAAGCCGUCACAGUUCGUGGCCGAAUUUCUUGAGCGUAAUAUGACCUUGCAGAUCUUCAGAGAUGGGAACGCACCGCGUUAUGGACCCUCAAACCCAUCGGCAUCCCCAGGUCGUGCUCUGGCCCGGCCCCGCAACGCCUAGACCAGUUUAGCUCCACCAACUCUCUUGUGUUCCCUCCCGGCCGAAACGAAUCAAUCGAAACUAAAACCAAAACCCAAAAAACAUAACCAAUAUUGAUGGCAAGUUGAAUUUUUGAAGCAGAAACCCCCCAAACACAAUCCCUCACCACCUGGAAUAGAAGAGAGGGGCAGGAUCCUUUGUGUGUGCAUCCUUUUUGCCCCGAAACCCCGCCAUAUACCCAACUAAUAGCAAAUAUAAGUGACAGCAACUAUGAAUGAAGAAAACAAUCCAAAUCCAAACCCGAAUCCGAAUCCGAAAACAAAACUAUCCAACAAAAAACCCCGAAACAGCAAAAUGUAAUCAUCAAAAUUCAUCCCCUCCAUUUAAUUACUGUGGCAUCGGAACGCAAAAAUCCAAUUUGGUCAUAAAAUCCCGAUAAAAUAUAUAGCUGCCACAAAAUUCCCAAAAUGCCAUUUGGAUGCCGCAGAACUUUCCGGAUCAAAAAACACAUUUCUGAACGCAGCACCCAAAAGGGCUCCGGUUAUGGACCGUCGAAGCCCCAAAUCCAGAUCACACUCACAAUAAAACAUAAAUUCAUAAUCAAGGUUAGAAAUAUAAGUGUCGCAUUACUGGAUCUUAAAUAUAUAUAUAUAUUCUUCUAAAUUCACACCGCAAACAAAAAUGUAUUAAAUUGUGAUUGAACGGAAAAGUCUUUUACUCGCUCGAUAUUUCGAUAAAUGUUUUUGAGAAUUUUUGCGAAAAUAAAAGAUGCCUUGAGAUUAUAA